UCUCCGACCCAUUCUCCGCUCUACCGCCCUCAAUUCAUCCGAAAUGCUCUCUCAGCAACUCGUCGCUCGCUCAGCGCGAGCUGUCGCCCGCUCGACCCGACAACCCGCGGUUCGAAGCGCCGGACGCCGCCAGUAUUCCGGGGCCCAGAAGUUCGAGGGAGCGCAGGACAAUGCGUUCAACCGUGAGCGUGCUGCCGUGAAGCAGCAUGCGUCAGAGACUACGGAUCUUUGGAGGAAGCUUUCCAUCUAUGGCAUUAUCCCGGCCGUCCUGCUCACAGGAAUCAAUGCCUACAACCAGUGGAAUGAACAUUGGGAGCAUGUCAGCCAUGAGCCGCCGCGGUCGGAGAAGCCGGAGUACUCCUACCAAAAUAUUCGGACGAAGAACUUCUGCUGGGGAGACGGUGACAAGACUCUCUUCUGGAACGACAACGUCAACUACCAUAAGGAAGAUUAAUGAGCUAUGAACGAUCCUGUUGGAUUGCGAAGCCAAAAGGUUGAGGAUGGUAACGUUCUUUCCCGAACUUGUAUAGAUCAUCUCCUUUGUCACAUAGCACCAUACAAAGUUAUCGGUCGGUUGAAAUGCGGAAACUUAAAAACUGUAUUUGCGUGCCCGAUUGCUACUACCCUAAAGCCUUUCUACCCAGACCGCCAUCCAUGCC